GAGGUGGGUGUAGCAGGAUUCUAAUUAAUUUUACACUACCCAACGGCCUCCUCGAAUCCCAUAACGCCCGCCACUACACAAAAUCAUUCAUACCAAACCGUGGGAGAUGAUGGCAUGCUCGUAAUAGAACCCCAAUUCCAGGCCCUACUCACAAAUUGUCCUUUAAGAUCAUACAGUUUCACAGCGAAGCUUCUUCUACAAGUUUUGGUCUUGCUCUCGGUCAGUGUCUCUACUCUCCAGUCUCCCUCUCCGAUACUGGAAUAGAAAGCGUUGAUGGCUGCUGAUCAGGAGGCAGAGAGGGAAGUGGGAGUUGAUGAAGAAGAAGAAGAAGAGAGAUGGGUGAUGCACUAUUCGUCGAAUCAUCAAAUACUUUUGGUCGGCGAAGGGGAUUUCUCCUUUUCUUUGAGUUUGGCACGCUCUUUUGGCUCUGCUUCAAAUAUCCUCGCUUCUUCUCUCGAUUCUUAUGAUGUCGUGAUCAAGAAGUACAAGGCAGCAAAAUCGAAUUUGGAAAAUUUAGAAAAGCUGGGGGCAUCCCUCUUACAUGGAGUGGAUGCAACUAGGAUGAAAUAUCAUACUGAUUUGAAAAUGCGUAAAUUCAAUCGGAUUGUCUUCAACUUCCCUCAUGUAGGGUUCUAUGGAAAAGAAGACAAUGAAGAGCUGAUUAAAAUGCACAGAGAUCUUGUGAAUGGCUUCUUCUCGAAUGCAAAAGGCAUGCUUCGAGCAAAUGGUGAAAUUCAUGUAAACCACAAAACUACAGCUCCAUUCUGUAAGUGGAAUAUAGGGGAACUUGCUUCAAAGAAUUCUUUGGUAUUGGUCGGGUGUGUUGAUUUCAAGAAAGAAGACUUCCCAGGUUAUAACAAUAAGAGAGGGGAUAGUUGGAGAUGUGAUGAAGCCUUCCCUUUGGGUAAGUGCAGCACCUUUAAAUUCAUGCUCAGGUUAUCCCAUAAAAAGAAAAAGUCUCAAGGACGGGUCACACAAUUGUAUUCAUCAGUGCAUGGAAGAUCUCAGCAAUUCCAAGGGGUUCCGAACCAAAUGCAGCAGUGUUCCACAUCAAUUAAUUUUAGUUAUCCUCUAGCAGCUUGUCACUUGACGACAACGUUGGAACAAACUUCAGAGCAUGUGCGAUUGCCGUUAACAAUUGGCCCUAGAAAUCAACUCUCUGGAAUGUCUGAUGGGCGCUUGCAAAAUCCUACAGAAAUAUUUGGAAGGACUAUUUAUGAUUUAAGCGAGUCCUUUCAUGAACCAAGGCUUCAUGUUGUAGCUUGUCACCCGACAAAGUUGGAACAAACUUCAGAGCAUGUGCGAUUGCCUUCAACAAUCGGCCCUAGAAAUCAACUCUCUGGAAGGUUUGAUGGGCACUUGCAUAACCCUACAGAAAUAUUUGGAAGGACUAAUCAUGAUUUAAGCGAGUCCUUUCAUGCACCAAGGCUUCAUGUUGUAGCUUGUCACCCGACAAAGUUGGAACAAACUUCAGAGCAUGUGCGAUUGCCUUCAACAAUCGGCCCUAGAAAUCAACUCUCUGGAAGGUUUGAUGGGCACUUGCAUAACCCUACAGAAAUAUUUGGAAGGACUAAUCAUGAUUUAAGCGAGUCCUUUCAUGCACCAAGCCUUCAUGUUGUGGGAGACUUUGCAGAAAUUCCAACAAGAAACUUGAGCGGUGACCUAAACGUUUUUGGUGAGAACCCGUUGAGCACUUUGCAUCUGAGAAAAUCGAUGUUGGACCAUGUUUACGAACUGAUGGCGAGGAGGGAUUCACUGGAUCAACAGUUUCAGUACCUGAGAAGUUGGUAUUGGAGUCUGGUGCAGAGGAACCAGCCUACCGGUGAAUACAAUAUGCAUGUCUUUUCUGGCUGGUAGGAUCCCGCAAACUAGAAAAGCAGUGGUGCGUAGGACUUUUAAAAGCUGUGCAUUGGUUCUGUUUAGACGUUAUAUGCUAUACAGUUUCAUGUUCUUGGUAACUUAUCUCUUGCCAGCAUCCACUUUUUGGUUCUGUUUAGACGUUAUAAUCUGAAUUUCUAUGCUAAAUGGUUGCCCUUAUGUAACAAGUUGCCAGCUUUUGAAAAUGAGAGAGGUUUUGCUUCCUUUGUUCA